AUGUUCAUGAAAUUCACUGAAUCGUCUACAGUGACAACGUCACCAAUAUCUCCCGGAUGGCCAGCUAUUCCAUCUGGAAGUUACGGAGGGAGUACGGUAGCGCCGAAGUGGUUAUCAACUGUUGAAUAUGCAAUGUUCAUUGGAGAAAUCAUUUUGAAUGUAUUCAUCGUUUUUCUCAAUGUUUCGGUUUUCGCCGUUCUCUGGAGAGCUACAAAGCCAGAAUAUAAGGCUUGUUUCUACAUCAUCAUGAGAACUUUCAACUGUUUUGUUGCCGUGAAUGCACUGGGAACACUUGCAACAAUGAUGGAUAGAAAGGCCGAAGAUUUCGAAGAAUGUUGGUACAUAAAACUGAUAAUGAUAGUGAAUAUGUUCACAUGCAUCGCCUCUUCUAUAUGGUUGUUUUAUGCCGGAUUAAAUCGAAUGAUGGUUCUUGUUUGGCCUCAUAAAGUGAUCAAUGCAUUCGGAUGUUGGAUUGUACGUGGAACACUCACUUGUGCAGCUCUUCUUGCUCUUGUUCUGUCUAUUGUUUAUCAGAAAUUAUGCGGAGUCUACACUCGUUAUGAUGCAGCAACCAAUACUGUUCAGAUGAUGGCAAGUGAUAUGGCCGAGCCUCUGACAAUCGCUGUCUACGUUUUCCCGUUGUCAUCGAUUGUGUUUUAUGUAGUAGCAUACAACAAUCUCCGUCAAAAACGUCUUCUGGUUGUCAGUGACAAGACCAAGUCAAUUAUUGAUAAAGCGGAAAGAAAAACUCUGAAAAUCGGAAUGCUCAUUUUGGUUACUUAUACGGCUUCCCUCAUUGUCCAUCUAUUCAUGGUGUUCGUGGUGACCAAUGAAACGUUCAGUGCCCUCUACAAUCGUAUCGAUGAAAUCGUCUCCUGUGCUCCACAAGUUGCUCUACCGAUGGCUCUGCUCAGUUGUAACAAGAAACUUCUUUUCAAUGCGAAGUCGUCAUCAUCCGUAUCUCAAUCUGGAACUGUUCAAGAUUUAUAUACAAAGGAAACGACGACAAACGAGAAGAAGAGCUCAAUGAAAUCAAAGACUUCCACUGCUUCAAACUUCUAA